UAUGUGUAGAAUUUAUAAAUUAAAUUUAAAUUUAUGUGCAAACAAGCUGCCAAUAUGUGUAACCAAAUAAGCAAUGCUAUAAUAUAAGUCGAUAAUGUGCAAUAAAGUCGAAAUUCUUUGGCGCAGCAAGAAUACAAAACGCAAAAGUUAAUUAAUAACAAUACCCCGAGGAGCGCUAGCGCUAGGCAGCACACACAAAAUGGAUAAAGAGGAAACAAUCGACAACAGUUUGACACUCGGAUUUCCGAAUCUCACGCACAAUGUGUCGCUGGAAGACAUGAAAAUCGAUGCGCCCAUGAUAUGGCUACUACUUUCACUAUUCAGCACCAUAAUAUGGGUCACGUACAUCACAUUCUACAACUCCAGAGUAAUUGGCAUGCUCAUCACAAAAAUAGCCAAUCGAUGGUUCAUAAAGGGUGCCUUUUUUAAAAUCGGUUCCGUAGCCUUAAAUCCCUUAGCGGGUAAAAUCAUGUUUCGGGAUUUUGUGUACAUCUCCUAUGAUUACUCAAUUCGUGUACAGGAUGGAUAUUUCAUAUUUCGCUGGUGGCGAUCCUACGUGCCUAAGGAUGUUUCAGAGGAUCUUUCACACUCCGAUACUCGGCUGUCUGUGCAGUUAAAUGGCUAUGAGCUGCACAUUUACAAUCGCUCCGAUCUCUAUGAUCAGCUAGAGAAAACGUUUGGCCUCGAACCAUCGAUGCUUAUUCCUACGGACUUACUAAGCAACGAGGAGCGCAAUAAGCUCAAGGAGCACACCAUGAAUAUGGAGAAUGCACGCCAGAGUCAACGAGUUAAUAGCGUUAAACAUUCCGAGGCAAUGAAGGCUACCACUUGGCGUGAUUUAAUACCAGUCAUUAAAAUGGACAUCUGUUCGGGUCGCUUUGUUUUUGGAAAUCGCUUGACCCCCACAACGCUCUCUAUUUCGGUGGAAGAGGCACAUUGCACGUAUAGUACAAAGCCGGCUGUAUGUCGUUUGGAUCAUUUCAUGCACUUCGUCAAGGCAAAGGUGGAGAAUGCUAAAGUUCUUUUCGCCCCAAGCCCCAAAUACACUGGCUUGGUCGAUGAGCCGCCCCGUUACAUGGGUGAAGGGUUUGUGGUAAUGAUGUCUAAUCAGAUGGACUUAUAUUUCUACAUGGAUGAGCCGGGCGUGGUGCCAGAACAGCCAGUCCACAUUGUGCUUGCGAAUGGCGAUGUUGUUGAACCUCCAGCUCCUGUUUGGGGCAUAAAUAUCAAAUGUCUAAAGGGCACAGACUUCAGUUACGGCCCGUGGGCGGAUCGUCAGCGUGAUCAUUUGUACAAAUUCUUUUAUCCAUCCGAUUGGAAAGAGAUGCAAGUUACUCCUACACAACAGCCGGGUGAAUUGCGUAGCUAUCAGACCUUUGAUGUGACACUCUGCGUGCUCAAUGAGGCCACUAUUGAUAUAUUAUUCUCCAAAGAUAAGGAGACUAACGCCAUGCAUAUAACUGUGGGACCAGCCUCAUAUGUGGAGGUUACCGUACCUUGGGUAACAUUGGUCGAUGGCUACACGUCGAAAAUUCAGGGUCAAUUGUUUCAUGUGGAGGCCACCACAUCAUUGCAGUAUCGCAGUCUGGCGGAGUUCGAAUCGCUGGAGUACAAGGUGCGCAUCCAUUACCCAACAAAAUGGAAUGCGCCGCAGGAUUGGAACAUAUCGUUGGCUGGCUGUAAGACCACCGCCUAUAUAGUGUACAAACACAAGUGUUUUUUUCAGGACCUUAUCGAGGAUUGGGCGGAUAAGGCACGUCCGGAUAUACUCACAUUUGUUCCGUACACUUGCAAUUUCAACAUACGUCUCAACGAGUUUGAGAUUCUUAUGCUAUGUAAUGAGUAUAAUUGGAUUGAUUGUUCCAGCGCAAAUCAGGAGAACAAUCAUUUGGCUUUUUGUGGUGAUGUCUUCGACAUGAGCUUUGCCCUGCCCUUCGAUGAUUUCUUGCCAAAGACUGUAACUUUAAAAUUCUGGAUACACGGCGAGGGUCUAGAUUUGAGUAUGUACGUGCCAGAGGUGUCGUCUGUGAGACCAAUAGUGUUAGCUAUAGAUGAGAAUGCAAGACUGUUGACGCGUGAAGGCAAGCUGAUCCGCAGGCCCGAUCUAUACACGAAAAAAUGGCGAAAGAUUUGCCAACGCAGUGCGGGUUGGAUCGACUGUUGGGCAGUACCUAUCUUAGCGUUAUCUAUACAAUAUGUUUACCAUCCGGUGCCGCCGUUAGGGCCGGAUCCUCAAGCUGAUAUUACAACCCCGGAAAAGGAGGAAAUUUUACUGAGCCCCAUGCGUAUUCCCAAGGUGCGUAAAUCUCCGGUGACUACUUGGCAACAACCAUUAGAGCAACACAAUAAAUUCGAUCCGGGUACUCUUACCGCGGAUCAUGUAACCGUCGAGCUAGAAAUCGGCUCUUCAGUGCUGAUGGCGUAUGGAAAUGUGUUGCGUAACUUUAUCAGUCUAAAAGAGAACAUAUUCGGCGAGGAUCAAAGCUUUACCGAUAUGGAACAAUCAAAUGUCAAUCUUAAGGACGCAGGCGCAACACCAAAUCCCAAGGAUCAGCUCCUGGCUAAAGAAAAAGAAUUGGCCAAUAAGUCUAUAUCGGAGACAGCACCACCGGAAGAGAAACGCAAGCCAUUCGAUCCGCGUAUGUAUAGACCCCUAGAGGUUAUGGUCUCAGUUAUUGUGCAUGACAUACAAGCGCAUGUGAUGAAGAACUGCAACGAAGACGAUCCACCCUGUCCGGUGGUACUUAUUGAACGCUUUGGCUUUGAAAUGGACAAACGUUAUCAGGAGACAACUUUGCAGGUCCUCGUCAGUCCAUCGUAUCUGCUUGCCUCAGACAUGCUUGUGCGGCAGCAACGCGAAAAGCACAUAAAUCAGGGACAUCUUCUGCUUUCGGCGGUUCAAGUGCGUGGUCAUGCUAUGUUCAGCAAUGAAGGUCGCGCCCUUGAUGAGGAUACGCUGGAAUACUCAUGGUUAGUGGAGGUCCAAUUGGGAAAACUGACAGGAAAGUUAACACUGCCACAGCUUGUCAAUGUAGUUACCGGCCUAGAAACGCUCAUAUUGCUUGCAAUUGAUCCGGAGAACUGUCUAAAAUCGCCAAAGACGGUGUGUAAUUGCCAUCAUGGCGUGCCGAGCAAUUUGUGUCCACAGACCAAGGAGGAGAACAAAUAUAAAUGUCCGUCUUCAGAGGAUAUUAAGUACAAGAUGACACGUGUGUCCAUAGAUGCUGUGGAUGUAUAUUUAAUAGAAAGUGGAACUGCGCUUCAUGCUUGGAUUUCGCCCAUACGGCUGGCUAAUUGUAAUUUGCAUGGCCAGCGUGUCAAGUCUGGAAUCUCCGGCCUGUUACCCUCCAUAUUGUUGCGCCUCUUUAUGCUUCAUGCUCCUGGUCCAAGCAAUGCCACUAAUUCUUACAACACGAACACCACGGGCAGCAAUCGUUCAGGAAAAUUGAGGCGCGCUGAUCAAGACUCACUGAAAUCACAAGAUGCCUCACACACCUAUGCGCACCCUGUGGGUAAAUCCAAACGAAGCUCAAAUUCCUUUUCCCAACGCCGGGACUCUCGUGACGAUUCCACUCGCAAGUUGCGUGAUAGCUUCUCAGAACAUCCCAAACGAACGCCUGAAAAUGAGCUCUUCGAGAACUGGAUUGAAGUGGGCUGUACGUCGUUGGGACCUAUACUGUUGGAAGGUGCUUCCGCUUUGCCGAUACCUGAUCACGAACUGCAUUUGGUACAACACAACUUCCUCCGUGAGCAUGAUGCCAAAUAUAAACGUCUGUGGUUUCUCUGGUCAAACAAUGGAAGCGCAUUAUCUUCUGGCAGUGAGAUUUCGCGAUGUGGCUGCAUAGGCGGUUGUGCCUUUUUUGGCAGUAAUCGUAACGGCUUGAAAUUCUUCAAACCAACAGCACAGGAUGUACAUGACAACUACAACAUUGCACGCUACUUCAUCAUUAAUAACAACAAGGACUUUGGCUUUGGGGAGAGUAUACUGCACCAGGGUCAACUAGUCUUCCAUACCCCGCCAUAUAGUUUGCAUUCGGUCUCUUUGUACGACACAGCCGAUUUUAAUGGCAAGGGAAAAAUUUAUAGGCCCACAACUGAGCUGCGGAAUGGAAGUCUGAAAAAGAAUGAUCCAAACUCGCUGUUAGAUGGAACCAAAUUUAAAAUAGGAGGUGGCUCUAUGGACAAGUGUGAGUUAAGCAAUCGAAAUAAGAAUAAAUCACGCGAGAGCAUUGGAUCGCCCAAUACGCUGGAGAGACGGAGCAAGCGGUAUACAUGUAUACGUCAAACCUCGGUCGAGGUACCUUAUGCGCGCCUGCUGGACAGUCCUUCAAAGAAGAUAUUUCAACAUGAUUCUAUUGAGUGCACCAGCGGUACUCACCGACGUGGCUCAGAUUCUCAUAAGAGUCAAGGUAAUACGUUGCGUGUGUCUCCACCUAAAACAAGCAUCUCGGAUUCGCGACUGACUGGUGAGGCGGAUAUGGAUGUGGAGCAUGAAAUGCCUGAUGAAAUGUCGCACUCUGCGCCCCACUCGCAUCCAUUGGAAUUCGAGAUUGCUGACAUUAACCUUCACUCGCACACAUUUCCACUUGAUUAUGUGGAGGCUGGUGGUGAUAAUUUGCCACGCGAAGUACAACGUACGAUAUCGCUAACCUCUGAAAAUCCAUCGGAAAUGUUUUUCUCUGCCGAGGAAGACAUAUCGAAUGUCAUGUCGCAGCGGGGCUCGAUAAAACAACGAAAUGGAUCCAUCGUGCUGUCUGGCAAGAAGCGUUUUUCCUCGGAUCUAAGUAUUGGUGGCCAAAAUGAUAAUGGUAGUCACACAUUGCCGACUUACCGCAGCGAUUUGGAAAUACAUGCACCGGAGGGUAAUAAAACAUUGCCAAAGCGUCCACAAAGCACUACAGAAUUGGCCGACUCACGUGGCUCAUCUUCAGGCACGCCCUCACUAUCCUCAAACUCCUUCAUUUCCGCCAUGUCAUCACAAGAAGACGUUGCGCUGGUCAACUUACAUCAGCAAGUUAAUCGACCCAUCAUCGAUUCCCCGCUGCUUAUGGCGAGCUACGUAAAUCAUCUGUCGCAAGUCAAGUGUUUUAAUUGGAACGCCUGCUCGUUCCCUCUUGGUCCUGAUGUCUUCUCAACACCGCUCUUUAAUGAGAACGAAGAUGGCGGCCUUACGUACAUUGGCAGCAAGAUGUUACCUCACUUUGAUUUGUACGCGUGCUGGAGAGAGAUUAAAGUUGUACCUCGCUACGAAAAUACCACUGGGAGUAAUAGCUCAGCCACUUUUAUGGGCGGACCCAAGUCGCAUCCGUGGGAUCCUAGUGUGCUGCUUAAGGAGGAGGAAGCAGAUAAAACGACAAAUGGUUUUGAUGACGGGGAGUUUAUGAGUCUACAGGCGGAGGGUGGUGCUGCAUGUACAUCUGUAGUGGCACGUCUGAAGGGGCAGGUUAAUGUGUUCCUCACACCACUACUGCUAGAGGGAUUGCAGCGCAUGGUCGAGGCCGCCAUACCUACCAUACAUUCCAUGCAUUUGCUUUCAGUUGUCAACUUUAUACACAGCUCUUGCAUUGGCAAAGUCAAAAAUGAUAAUAUACUGAAGAGGGAUCAAAGUUUGAGUUACUGGUCACAAGUGCAUUCAAAUUCAAAGCGUUCGACAACGGAGCGUCAUUUACAGGGACCAGGAGAUUCGUUUCUAAGUGAUGUAUACGAAGAGAGCAUAUCGACCAAGACGCAGGGCUUGAUAGUUCUUCCCAAAGUAAGCAUAACCAUGCUACAGUCUUCCAUUGUCGAGGAGGUGAUAUCCGUAGCAGCCUUGGACAACGUGCAGGAUCUAAGCUGCGUAUCGCUGCUUACUUUCUACAUGGAAGGCAUUUCAACGAAAUUCCAUUUGGGUAAAACUACGCGAGCUUCCAUGCACAAUGUCUAUAUACAGCAGACUGUACAAUCUGGCAACAGUCAUAAGAAAGGUGGCAUAAUGAAGGGUACACGGGCACUGCUCGCACAUCUCUCCUCCCAGACGCGUCCCGACAAUGUACAAGGCGAGCCCAUACUCAUCGAAACGUCUGAGAAGCAAUUGGAGGAGCUUGUCAUAACGCUAGACAUUGGACGUGCGCAUGCGCAACUGCGCCGUCUGAAGACUGAGGGUCAAUCAUGUCCCCAGGACUCGCCCAUUAUUGUAACAGCCAUACCUGAGCACAAGAGCAAAGUGCUUUUCGAAUGCCUUAAAAUGCCAGAGAGCACGGGCAUUGAGAGCAUUGGUUACAUUAUGUUCGAGAGCGGUCUGGAAGGUGUGGGAGUGAAAAUAGUCAAACGAUCGCAUUUUGAGAAAUCUGAGAAUAGCAAAGAGGAGCUGGCCGAAAUGAGUGUAGAGGGAACAACAGGCAGCAGUGUAGUUACCACACGUGCCAUCAACAUCAACGAGUUGGUGGGUCAAGGUGGUGCUUCUGGUGAAACUCUGGUUGGCAAUGCAACCACAACAACAGGCAUAGAUGCAGGUGCUACGUCUAAAGCGGAGGCGGCUUGGCGUUUGAUAACCAAAAAACCACCCACGCCGAAAACGCCCAAAGAGAAAUUCCAAAAUGCAUUAGAGAACAUUAUAGUGAGCGAAGGCUCAGCUAGUGCCAAUGAAAAUCGACGAUCGACGCCCAAACCGCCAGAUGAGGAUGUGGAAAAAGGAACGAACCCGACUAAUGCGAGCACAUCAAAGAAUGGAGCUGCUCAUAGCAACACCACCACCAACAACAACAAGGACUCCUACGACAAAGUGCUGUCCAAUGUGAAAGAGACUGAUAAGACCUCCUCGUGUGUCAUCGAAUUGAAGUCGGUGUGGUUCAAUUUUGCGGCACCACCUUGUGUGCCUAUCACUCGUAAAAUUGAUUUAACGCGGCUCGAUUGGAAUUUGCUAAGCACUGCUUCGCCUGCGAUAACGGCGUGGAUGAAUCCUAGCAAUCGUUUGGCCAUUAAAAUUGUGGCCUUAUUGAAGGCUCUUCAUACUCGUCAAACGGCCGUGGCUGCCUGCCUUAUGGCCGAUGCCAUGGAGAAUGAGAAGAUUCAGAGGAAUCCAAAAAUCAAAAAGAGUCGCUACGCCAACAAUUAUACGCUGCUGUCGAAGACGCUGCAAGAGGAUCCCAGCUGCCAGUUGUGCUACAUCAUGCAAAAGCUUGUGCUCGACGAGGGCGUACAACGAAUUGAGCAAAUCUUCAAGCAAGGCGAAGUGCCGCAUCUAAAUACAUUGCGACAAGGCAUCAUUGUGCUAAGUCGCCAGUGGAAGAACACUCUGUACAAUCCUAUCCUCUUCGAGCAUCAGUACAAGAAUAAGUUAUCACGUCCCAUUAAUGUGACAUUCUCGUUUCCGCAAAACGAGGAGGAGUGUGAGGCGGAUGAGUGCGAAGGUGAUGUUGAAAUGGGUGCCUAUGCUGGCGUCGGAGAGAAUCCGGAAGAGAGUGAGAAUGCUUUAUUACUUGGGCAAACACAGCAUCAUCGAACUCACAUUGCUAACACACAGUAUGGAUAUUCUAAUGAAGGUGAUCUGCAUGGAGCCCCGUCACAGCGUUCGAUGUCAACAUCACCCAACAUACACAACAUGCGUCGUGGUUUAAACAAAGUGCACAGCAAAGCCUCGAAUUAUUCACAUGGCAAUUCAUCUCGUUCUAGCAUACAAAUGCUGCCCAUAAUAUCGGGCUUGGUUGAGAAGCAAGUGCCGGAAUUUGAAUAUGGUGCCCUGCAGGAAGGAUCUAUAAGCUCCACAAAUUCGGUAAAUAAAUUCUGGAUAGGUGCUGAGAAUCAUAAAGAGGAUCUUUACUUUUGGAUGGCCAAGCAGCAGGACAGCAAGAAGAAAGAACAUUUCUCUGAAAAGGAGCACGUCAGACCUGCACCAACGAAGAUGCAUGGUCAGUCCCAUACACGGAGUGGCAUUAUGCAGGAAUCCAUUAAAUUACUGGAUGCCCAUUUGAUAUUUGAGCCGUUGCUUACAUGUCUGGGUGUGAUGCCGCAGCAGAUGAUAAAUAAGUUUGCAAAUGCGGAUAUUUCUUCGCUGGAAAAUUUCGGUACAAAUUUAUCACUGAUUGGCACAUUUGAUUCCAUCCGUGUGGACAUUGUCGUCAGUGAGGCGGGCGAUAAAAAGAAUCCUAAGCCCACAAAGCUAAGUAAAAAGGCUAAUGGUGGCCGUGCUUCAAUUAUGAUGGAUACCCCACUAUUCUUGUGCGAGCGCGUCGGCAUUGAACUGGAAGUUCUGAAAAUGUCCGAUGGUACGGUGGAUAAGGCGCAGCAAAAGGUCAUUUACAUGUCGCGCCGGCAGUUAAAGAAACAUACGAGUACUGUGAUCAAUUUUAGUUUAAAUAUACGCUUCAUAUCUCAGCAGGUCAACAUGCCGCUACUGAGGUUACUGCAUCAAAUAUCGAACAUGUAUCAAAAUGUGAAGGAUGCACAGAACGAGUUCCAUGAACAACCUGAACUGAGUAAGAAGAGUCAGACCAAAGAUGAAUGCAGCUUGGCGUCCGAACCCACGGACCUGCUACCCUUCAGCUCUGUCGCUGAUCGUUUUGGCCAUGGCGAAAGUUACUCGGAUGAGCGAUAUGACAAAUUCAACGAAACAAUGCCCACUAUGCCAACAAAUCGAAUGCGUCCGAGCGGCUUGGCGCCCAUUAUACAAUUGACGCCAUCGCCAAAUGCCAAAAACCGACCGCAAAGCUUUGCACAGAAGUUGCGCUCCACUGGAAAAUCGGUCAAGGGUAAAUUAGGUUACACAAAUCUGAAUGAGUCGAGUUCAUCGCCGCUGCGUGAUAGUCCUACUAUGUCGGUAAAUGAGCACAUGCUUAAAAUGACCACUGAAUCGAAAAUCUCACUCAAUGGCGCUUGCGCAACCAGCGUAAGUGGGGAUUACAAUACGCUUAGCAAGACAGGAAAUGGUGUCUUCAACACUGUCCAUUUACCGCCACUUUUGGAGACUCCUAACUGCUGGAAAACUAUUUAUCACUUGCUGGAGCUCUAUGGCACCAUGCCGGAGACAAAGACGGUGCAACGCAGCUCUCUGAAUGAGCACAAGAAGUCGCAGUUUGGAUAUGCGCGUACCACGGAGACUCAUAACGAUGAUGAUGACUUGGCUAGCGCGCCCACGCCGGUGCCGCAACAUAAAGAUAUGCUUGUCGAUGGGGUCUCCCAUGAACGCACUCGUCUCAUUGUCUUUGGUGUUGCCAAAAUUCACAAAACGCGUUUGUUAGCCACAUUAUCUGGCUUAAAAUUGGAAUCGGAGAUUACAACGUUAAACAGCACAGCCACAUGGCGUAAGAAAGCGCGUCCGGUAUCUCUGGAAUGUUCUCUGACAGGUCAAGUGGGACGGGCUAUGAUUGUGCUCCUCGAGGGUGUGGCACCCAGCCAACAAACCGUGGUCAAGGUGACUGUCGGUAAAAGUCAAACGUUGUAUUCAAGUCUCUCAAAACGCGGCAAGGAUAAAAACAGCGGACUACUUUCCAUUGGACCUGUGAAUAUAGACAUACCUCAACAUCCAGUGGCUUUGCAUGGCAUGAUGACACGCAGCUCCAAGCAGUUAUCGUCCACUUUGCAGGAGUUGCGCGUAAAACGCAACUCUGGUCGCUCCACUCUACGUUCUCAUACUGCCGAAGAGCCCGAAUCACCAUUUCAUGCACGUAAUUCGGGUGGCGCCAGCGCUUCUGGUGGUGUCGGCGGCACUACUGCCGGCAAUGCUAGCGAAAUGCGAGAGCGAACCGUUUCCGGGGGUACACAUCAGCAUGCAACGCGAAAACAUCAGACGCAUAUGCGACACAUGGCAACCCAGCAGAACGGGCUGCUGCAGCCGUUGGUCAUGCAGUUUAAUGUGCUUCUGCAGAGUUUGUCCAUAAAUGCGGCGCUACUGCCCUCUUUGCAGGCGCAGUAUCGAAUGAAUCAUGUGAGUUCGAUGGGAGUGACGGGCCAUCGUGCAAAAUUUGUGAUAGACUUACCAACACAUACUCUAAGUUUUAACACGAAGAUACAGGUGAGAAAUGAAAUGAACCUCCCUUCCGAGGCGUGCAUCGGACUUCCACCUGUUCAUGUGCUUGCCGAAUAUAUACCAGACAAUCGUCAGGAGCACAUUGAGAAUAUCGAGGGUAUUGUUCUACGGCAGGGUGGCUAUGUGAAUGCCUCGGCUGAAAUUGGCGAAUUUGAAAGAUGCUUGACGACUGAUUUACUGAACCACUUGGUGUUUGUCCAAAAAGUGUUCAUGCGGGAAGUUAAUGAAGUUCUGCAAAAAGUUUACGGCGGCGAAAAACCCGUGCCCCUGUGGACUGAGGACAGCGAUAGUGCUAGCGUGCAAGAAUCAACGUUGAAACGAAUACUCUUUUCGAUUAACAUAUCCAUGAAACGCAUACAAUUGACUGCCACAACGCCUUGCUCGUCGGCAGUGCGCUUUGAGACUGGAACACUGGAACUCCAGCUAUCGAAUCGUGUAAAGAAUUUGGGUGAUUUGCAUAAUCGCAAAAUGUUCUUCAAAGCGCACAUCGAUUUCAAUUUAUCGCUGGGACAAAUUAUACGUAAUGUGAUUUUUGAUGAGGCGGAACCAGAGUUUCAGCAAUAUGCCUUCUUCCACACGACCAUCGGCCUGCGUAAUGCAUUCCAGGACGAGCUGCUCAACGAAGACAAGGAGCUAAUACUGUUGACGUUGAAGCGUCCUUUGGUAUACAUACAGCCGAUAGCGGUGGACAAAGCCAUAUUGGUGUGGUUAAACUAUAAGAACGCCUAUGAGUACUGGGCGGAAAAACGAGCAAAUCUGUGUUACGAGCAUAGUACACAAAAUACACAGCAGGUGUUCGACCGUGUAGCUUUCGGACAACUUGCUAGCUCGAAUUUGUCUACUCUGUUCUUGCAGCUGACUGUGGAAGAUAUGGGUAUAUGCCUGCCUUUGAAACAGGUGUCUACGUCACUUCGGUCUCGGUCAUACCAGGAUUUUGAUGCUAAAGGUGCGGUGGUAAUAACGCUGGAAAACACAAUCAUUUCUGCAUGUAAUUCCGGUUCGCUAGUUUCGAAAGGCAAGUUCCAAGGCCUUUGUCUACGUUUUGCGGACGAUUUCGAAACUAAUUUGGAUGACUGGAAACCGAGUGGCAGCGAGCCCAUCAUGAAUGUUUGCGUUGUGUCCGAAGGCACAUACGAGGUUUGUUCACGCACCACAGCCGCUAAGAAGGGAGAGAAUGCCAAGUGGCUGUUGAACGUGAAAUGGCAAAUGGAGGGUGUAGAUAUACAUCUGGAUGUUAAUAUUGGUAAGCAGUUAUCCUCGCUGGGUCACACGCUCACGAUGUUGACGGGCUUCGAGGAGGAAGACACCAACAUCGAAUCCCCUGACAGUGAUGAAGGGGAUCAGAGUUGUCGCGAUACGUAUGUGCGGCGACGGGAAUUCGAAAACUUACCCUCAUUUGUAUUUGAUCCCACUAUCGAUUCGAAAAAGCGUUCUUUCAUGAUGGAAAAGGAAAUGGCCGAGCAGCUGAAGAUCAUUAACGAUUUGCGUACGCUGGGCGCUUCCCAUAACACGGUGGCGCACGAGGAGCGCCGCCUGCAGGAGCUGCAGGCCAUUUGCUAUAAAUACUUUCGCCGUGAUAUGAUACAGAAAUGGAAGCGUCCAUCAAUGCGUAGAUCAUUGAAGAACUACAGUCGCUCGCACUCGUACAUAGGUGGCGGAGCAGGUGCUGUCGCAGGCGUGGGUGGGGUGGCCGUGGGAGCGCGGGAGCUGUCUUUAGAUAACGGAACAUAUACCAGUAGGCGUUUGGAUCCGAUAGCCUCCAAUGAUGAAAUAUCAAGUCUACAAAGCACUCCGGUUUCGUGUCAUUCCCGGAGUGCUUCGUUGAAAACGGGCGCAAUAGGCAGGGUAACUUUUACGGAAGCAAUGCGUCAGACAUCACUGCCAAAUGCAGACACUGACACCGAGACUCAGGAAAACGAAUUAGAUUGGCGGGCUAAUGAUAUACUUGGCGAAUUAACUCCCAGUGAAAUGGAUGUCGAUGGCACGUCUGUGGAGAUGCGUCGCAAGCAUGGUCAUGCACAAAAGCAGCAAGAGCCAAAUAUAGAUUUCGAACUGGAUGUUAAGGUGUUAGUCAACUCUGGCAAGUGCGUGCUCCACACCAAAGAAACGACCGAUGAAAGAGUGCAGAACUACGGAGCCGCCUCCAGUGUAAAGACCCACAAGCGAGAGCGUAGUAUAGGCAACGAUUGGGGUAGUCCAACACCAUCGAGGAGACAGCGUGAAAAGAAUAAAUUACGCUACAAUGCCACAAAUAAUGCUCUGUUAUCGGAUCUCACCAUCUUCCAUAUACCAGGACUGGAUGUCAAACUACACUAUCAGUCCCGCACGGUAGCUGAUGCGGCCACCCAUAUACCGACAGCAUCAACGGCAGAACAUACGCCACAUUCGGCUUUACGUCGAUUGGGAAACAAACGUGCCACACUCUGUGCCUGGAUGACGCUGCAAAGCAUUCCGGAGGAAACAAUCAUAUCGCCACACAUACUUGAGUUCUUAGAGCAAACUCUCGAGCCUAUACCAUCGAAGACGCCAAGCAGUGCACCACAAACGCCUUCCAACCAAGCUGCUGUCAAUUUGGACAUACUACCAGCUAAUUAUGUGACUUAUGCUUCCUUUCCCGUAGAUGUAAUUGUUUACUUCCACAUGCAGCCCUCAACAUUUAGGUUCUCCUGUCUGCCCGUAUCGCGUGUAGAGUGUAUGUUGCAGCUGCCUAGUCUCGAUAUUGUAUUUAGCUCCAAGCGUUCUACAGAGGAAGAAGCGCAGAUGUCGGAGCAAGCGCCAACGCAUGCAGAGAAGGAAAAACUACCCACAGGCGGGUUGAGUGUAACAGGAUGUUUGGCAGAUUUCAAUGUGUAUAUAUUCCAUCCGUACGGUGGAAAGAAAACGUCCAAAGAGACACAAUUUUCCCCGUUGACUGACAGUGAGCGCAAAGAUUCGCUCAGUAUUAAUGUGGAAUUUGUUAAGUUCCACAUAACGCGAUGUCGCAAGGUCUACAUUGAACCGCUGCCCACUUCAAAACGCGCGCUGGAUCAGUCUCGUGCAGUCAUCCGCUUUUCCACUAUCGUGGAUAUUGGCAGUGCCAGCUUCAAGUAUGACAUGAGAAGAUUAACUGAAAUACUGGCUUUUCCAAAAGCCUGGUACCGUCGUCGCAUUGUACGUCGCCUCUUUUUGGGCGAUUUGAGCAUGCAGCAGCAGCAAGCGAUGGCAAAUGGGGCAGAGACGCCAACUCCAAACACACCCAAAGAGCCGUUUACAAAGCAAUCGCCAAAUGAAGAAAUGAAUCGUAACAAAGAGAAAAUGCGUUUGGAUUUUGAUUCACAGCAUCAGCCUCAGUCACAGUCACAACCACAGUCACAGUCCCAAUUGGGUCAUUUUGGUGCAGUUCGUAAGCUUAAGGUUCUGGGAAAAUCGUCCAGCGCCGAAUCGUCGGGUACACCACCAUCAGAAAAGAAUCAGAUAACUGCAUGGGAGACUCUUGUGCUCUUCGCCGUCAACUUUACGAAGCUGAAUGUGCAAAUGAAUAUGGGCAAUGUUAUGGGAAAUGUUGUGUGGCUAACCAAAGAUUUUCAAUCGGAUGGACGCCUCUCCAUUGGUAGCACAGGAUAUAAGAACAUGUAUGUGGGCAUCUAUUUGGGCGGCUCAGCGCUGGAUGCUAAGGGAGGCAUUGUGGGCGGCAGUUUUGAAGUGAACAAAAUAAACAAACGAUUUCAUAUUAAGGAGGAAUCGGGAGUUGAGCCAUACCAUACCAUGGGUCUCAGCUUUAUGGCUCUAGAAUUGCGCUUGGACUAUAUGGGCACAUCAGUGCUUAUGACUCGCAUUAGUUCUUUCUCAGCGGCGAUGAAGGACGAAUGGCGAACUUCUACGCAUGCGUCGAACAAGGAAUCGGGAGCACCACUGAGCAAGCCCCAAGCACUCAUCUUUAUACACGGCGACUUGACUUGGGACCAGUUGCAAAUAAUGAUAUCCAAGUCCACAACGGCUGAUUUGCUAAAGAUGUACUUUAAACUGGAAGAGUUUUUCACCCAGCAAUUCAAGUCAUCGAAGCGCGUUUUCUCCAGCUUGGAGCCGCGCCUGCAGGAUCGCACGGCAAGUAUAAAGAGACGGCAGCAAAUGAAGAAAAAAACCAAUGGCGAAGCACCGACAAUUGGAACUGCUUCGGCGCCAUUGGGUGUGGACAACACAGACGCGCGUCACCAUCGCCAUUGGCAGAAGCCGUUGGAGCAGGCCAUUGGGUUGGUGGUGCCUUCGUUGGUGACACGCCUUCCACGACAUGGCAAUGUGCUAGGGGGGACUGUGGAGCUUAGAGGUCAAAAUAUAUCGCUAGCCUGCUUCCAUGGCAUCAACUUUAAGUCCAAGUCAUGGGCACUCUUUAGUCUAAAGUCACCUUCCAUUAACUUUGCCACCGAAGCGCGUCAAAUUGAGGAUACGCAUGAGGUGUUUGUUACACAAACUCUAACGUCUUGUUUGGGACAAACCACAGAAGUGCAGCAGCAACAGAAUCAUUCAAUGGCCAUUGUGAGUCGCAUUUCCCGCAACAUAAUCUUCCCGCCACAGUUUAAGACGCUCAACGAAUGGUUCCAUUAUGCCUUCGCCAAUAGCGAGAUUGAUGCUGUGGAUCGUUUUCCCAUACUGGAAUGUGAGCGUGAGAUUGCCUCGAAUUCUAUUGAACGUAUGCGCGCUUCUGGAAGCACUAGUGCAGCCAAAUCACAGGAACAUAACCAUAAUCGGGAGGUUAUCUUUGCCCUUCCCAGCUUGCAGCUGAGUUUUAAAACCGAGCAUAAGCAGGGACCAACUACGCCAGAGCCUGAUGAAACCAAGCCUGAAGUUUUGUGCAGCUUCAUUACGGAAUUUGAUGAUCACAUUUUUGUCACGGUCGAUGCAGAUGCCUUCUUCUUUCUACAUGAUUUAAUUACUUCGUAUGUUAAUGAGAAGGAGAAAGUGAUUGGCGUCCAGUCGGCGCGUGCUGCAUCGCCGAACUUGUCACAGAAAACCAACCUAAAGCCAUACAUAACAGAUGAUAUACUCAAGGAGAAGAAAACUGCUUCCAAUACAAAUUUGACUGGUCAGGGAAAUCAGCUAAGUGCUAGCAAAAGCAGCUUGGAGCCAAAUCAGCUGCAGGACAGCCACACUAGCUUAGCGAACUCAACAAGCACAUCGACAACAGGUCAAACAGGUGCGACCACGGUGCCGACGGGGACAGCAGCGACAUCGUCUGCCAGCAAUGCGAAAGAUUCAAAAUUAAGUGGCGGCAGUUCCACAACAAACACAAAUAGUACCGAUAAUGCUAAUACAUCUUCUCCCGCUUUUGAUUUGGAAUCUUUUGUACGAGAUUGGCGGCACUUCGAGUGUCAAACAUGGCACUUGGAGCCUACUGUUCGUUUACUUUCCUGGGCUGGCAAAUCCAUUGAGCCAUAUGGCGUUGACUACAUACUUAAUAAGCUUGGAUUCAGUCACGCACGCACCACUAUACCCAAAUGGCUGCAACGCGGCUUCAUGGAUCCACUGGACAAGGUUCAGGCCCUGAUGAUGCUACAAUUGCUCCUGAUGGUACGCGAGAAUAAAGUGGAGUCGGCGAAGCAUCCAAAUCGCUCAUCAACGAAUUAGAGAACGACGCAAGGAGAGAAGAAAUGGGGGAACUGGCAGAUAUGUGGGCGGAAAUUGAGGACAGUCCCCCUAGGACAAUUGAAAUGCUGUGCACGUGAUUCUUUCUAUCUAUUUAUUUGUAAGCUGCAAUGUAUGUAGAUAUUACACUUAUAUACGUAUAUAUGAUAAAAAUUGUGUAAUUUUUAGAGUGGAUUUUGUGUUAAUCAUGUUUCAUAUGCUUUGCGUAUAGUUUUAAUGAAUACUCAAAGUAUUAUAAACAUAAUAUUUCUAUACCUAAAUGGGUUCAGUCUUUUUUGCGUGUUCUUUUGUAAAUGUAAUUUUUAUAUAUAUGUAUAAAGGAUCUGAAAUCGUGCUUUGAUAUAUUUUGCUCAAUUUUUGCGCUUUGUAAUUAUAUGUAAUUAAAUUAUUUAUAAACUGUGGGCGAAGCAAGUGUUUAAAAAUUAAGUAGCUCUAGUUGAAAUAUUUAAAAAAAAAUUAAGAAAACGAAUGUCAAAAACCGAAAAAAAACAACGGAAGCAAAAGCUCUUAUAGUACGUUUUGUUUCGUAUAAGUCUAUGAUAUAUAAAUAAUAAAGUGAACUGUGAAAACA